UCAUUUCUCGCGUCUGCCGUACUUGGUUUCGCUUCACUAGUCCCAGAGGCCCCGAGUGCCUCGGCUGGAGUCUGUGUGGCGCUGUUCCCUGUACCGGCCUUGGGAUCUGGAGGGAGGAAGCCGGGACACCCGGGAGUUAGGAAAUGGUCCUGUGGCUUUUCACCUAUGAAGCAGAAUCUCAUUCUAGUACAUUGAGGAGUCAAUGAAGCCAAAUCUUUGAUGGUCUGUGUCAGAGACACAAAUUUAAGGACUCAGUGGCCUUCGAGGAUGUAGAUGUGAACUUCACCCAGGAGGAGUGGGCUUUGCUGGAUCCUUCCCAGAAGAAUCUCUACAGAGAUGUGAUGUGGGAAACCAUGAGGAAUCUGGCCUCUAUAGGGAGAAAAUGGAAGGACCAGAACAUUAAAGAUCACUACAAACACCGAAGGAGAAAUCUAAGAAGUCAUAUGUUAGAAAGAUUCUAUCAAAGUAAAGAUGGUAGUCAGCGUGGAGGAAUUUUUAGCCAGUUUGCAAAUCAGAAUCCGAGCAAGAAAAUUCCUGGAGUGAAACUCUGUGAAAGCUUUGUAUAUGGAGAAGUCAGCAUGGGUCACUCAUCCCUUAAUAGACACAUCAGAGAUCACAGUGGACAUGAACCAAAGGAAUAUCAGGAAUAUGGAGAGAAGGCAGAUAGACGUAACCAAUGUUGGAAACCCUUCAGUUCUCACCACUCCUUUCGAACACACGAGAUAAUUCACACUGGAGAGAAACUCUAUGAUUGUAAGGAAUGUGGAAAAACCUUCUUUUCUCUCAAAAGAAUUAGAAGACACAUUAUCACACACAGUGGAUAUACACCAUAUAAAUGUAAGGUAUGUGGAAAAGCAUUUGAUUAUCCCAGUAGAUUUCGAACACAUGAAAGAAGUCACACUGGAGAGAAACCCUAUGAAUGUAAGGAAUGUGGAAAAGCCUUCACUUGUAUCACAAGUGUUCGAAGACACAUGAUAAAGCACACAGGAGAUGGGCCUUAUAAAUGUCAGGUAUGUGGGAAACCCUUUCAUUCUCUGAGUUCAUUUCAAGUACAUGAAAGAAUUCACACUGGAGAGAAACCCUUUAAAUGUAAGCAAUGUGGUAAAGCCUUCAGUUGUUCCCCAACCUUAAGAAUACAUGAAAGAACCCAUACUGGAGAGAAACCUUAUGAAUGCAAGCAGUGUGGGAAGGCCUUCAGUUAUCUCCCCUCUCUUCGACUACAUGAAAGAAUUCACACUGGUGAGAAGCCCUUUGUAUGUAAGCAAUGUGGUAAAGCCUUUAGAUCCGCCAGUACUUUUCAAAUACAUGAAAGGACUCACACUGGAGAAAAACCCUAUGAAUGUAAGGAAUGUGGGGAAGCAUUCAGCUGCAUCCCCAGUAUGCGAAGACACAUGAUAAAGCAUACUGGAGAAGGACCUUACAAAUGUAAGGUAUGUGGGAAACCCUUUCAUUCUCUGAGUCCAUUUCGAAUACAUGAAAGAACUCACACUGGAGAGAAACCCUAUGUAUGUAAACAUUGUGGUAAAGCUUUCGUUUCUUCGACAUCAAUUCGAAUACAUGAAAGAACUCAUACUGGAGAGAAACCCUAUGAGUGUAAGCAAUGUGGGAAAGCCUUCAGUUAUCUCAACUCCUUUCGAACACAUGAAAUGAUUCACACUGGUGAGAAACCCUUUGAAUGUAAGCGAUGUGGUAAAGCCUUUAGAUCUUCUAGUUCCUUUCGACUACAUGAAAGGACUCACACUGGACAGAAACCCUAUCAUUGUAAGGAAUGUGGGAAAGCCUAUUCUUGCCGUGCCAGCUUUCAGAGACACAUGUUAACACAUGCUGAAGAUGGACCACCUUAUAAAUGCAUGUGGGAAAGCCUUUAAUGCUCUGGGUUCAUGUCAGAUACAUUAAAAUACUCACUGAAGAGAAGCCCUAUGAAUGUAAGUAAUGUGGGAAAGCAUGAAAUUCUGUCGGUGCCUUUUAUAAUACAUGAAAGAAAGAAUUCUGGAGAGAAGCCAUAUAAAUGUAAGUAACAUGGGAAAGCUUUCAAUCAUUUUAGUUCCUUUCAAAUACAGGAAAUAACUCAUCAUGGAGAAAACCGAACAAAUGCUUUUUGGAAGGGAACACAUAUUUGAGAGAAAUCCUGUGUAAAGAGUGUAGGAAAGGUUUUGUCAUCACACAAUCCUGUCACACAUUGAAUGCAUAGUGGAGAGAACCCUGGUAAAUGUAAAGAGUGUGGGAAAGCCUUUAGUUAUUUUAGUUCCACUUGAAGCCAUGAAAGAACACACAGAGGAGAGAAAGCUCUUGAAUAUAAGCAAUGUCCAAACGUUUUUAACCAGCCCACAUGCUUUCAACAACAUGUAAGAAUGCACUCUGGAUCAAAACACUAUAAAUGUGAAAACCACGAGGAAGGUUUUCCAUUAUAAUAUACUUUUAAAGUCAUUUGAGGGCUCUGUGGCUUCGUGGAUUAAAGUACUUGUCUGGCAAACAGGAGAUGCUGGGUUUCAAUCCCAGCAGGGCCUCAUUAGUUGAGGUAUUGAAUCUGAACAGGUGUUUCGGCUCUGGCUGGGUGUGGUGGCUAACACCUGUAAUCCUAGCACUUUGGGAGGCUGAGGCAGGAGGAUCACUUGAGGUCAGGAGUUUGAGACGGAGUUUCAAGUGUGCAAAACAUAGCAAGACCUCAUCUCAAAAAAAAAAAAGUCAUUCAAAGACUUAAAAUAUAGCAAAAUCCUAUAAAUGUAAGUACUUCAAAAAGCCUGAUGCAUAGCGGGUCAUGUAGUCUCUAGAAAAUACAUAAUAACCUGAUAGAAAUGUGGAAGCUAUAUGUAUAUUUUGUUAAUUAGUGGCUCAUAUUUAAAAUAGUUCUCUAUGGAUUUCAAAUGCUUAAUCUCACAAAGAAAUGUUAAGGUGAUAUAAUCCUGUAAGUAAUCUGAAAGCAAUAGUGCAUGAAUUUCAUAGGUAGUGUUGUUUUAGGUCAGUAUUUAAAAUAUUUGUCUUUCCAUUUUGAAAUGUGUUUAAUCCAACGAUGAAUUUAAAUGUGUUUCUCAUAUUCAGGUCUGUUAAAUUGUAUAUGGUUGCUUAAUUGUUCUGUGAUUGAGGACCACUGAAAAAUAAGUCUUAAUAAAUGUCGGUAUGAACCUA